AAUUUGGUUUUCUGGGCGGGGAAAAAGCUUCCCUCAGCCUCCAGUGGGCUAAGUCCAGCCACGGUGCUGAGGAGUUGCAAUCUGCGACUGUCUUUCAGUGACUGUCCUGGGGAACCGAGCAACAGCAGCACACGAGUAUCUGAAAAGUUUUCUCUCCGCCUGACUGGCCGAUAAAGAUCCGGGGGAACUCUUUUCAGCUCAUCUCAUCGUCUCUUCCGCCUGUCGUCAUGGCCAUAGUCCUCCAUUCCAGCCCUCUGCUGUGGACACGGCUGGCAGCCAUGGCCUUCGCCUGCGUGGCCUUCUCCGUGGCCGUGCACGGAGGUCGGCUCUCGCACGGCACCGGGGACUGGUGCAUCUUCUGCUGGGCCUUCAGCUUCUCCGGCACUCUGCUCGUCCUCCUGGUGGAGCUGUUCAACCUCCAGACCAAAGCCCCCGUCUCCUGGAAGAACUUUCCCAUCACCUUCGCCUGCUACUCCGCCCUCCUCUGCCUGUCGGCCUCCAUCAUCUUCCCCCUGUACUUCCUCAGGGGGUCCGGGGACUACAACGACGUCGGCACCUACCGCAUCGUGGCCACCGUCUUCUCCUGCCUGGCCACCAUCGCCUACAUCAGCGAGGUGAGCAUCAGCAAGGCGCGCCCGGGCGAGGUGGCCGGCUACAUGGCCACGGCCCCCGGCCUCCUGAAAGUCUGCGAGACCUUCGCGGCCUGCAUCAUCUUCGUCUUCAUCAGCGACCCCGUCCUGUACGACCACCGCGACGCGCUCAAGUACUGCAUGGCCGUCUACUGCAUCUGCUUCAUCCUGUCGGCGGCCAUCAUCCUGCUCUGCGUGGGCGAGUGCACCGGCUGCCUCCCCUUCCCGUUCGCGCGCUUCCUGUCGGCCUACGCCCUGCUGGCCGUGGUCCUGUAUCUGUCGGCGACCAUCAUCUGGCCCAUCUUCAGCUUUGACCCCAAGCACGGCGGAACGAAAACCAGGCCACACUGCGGCAGCUCGCACGGGCUGUGCCCCUGGGAUAGGUCGGUGGUGGUGGCUGUGCUCACCGGGGUCAACUUCGUCCUCUACCUGGCCGACCUCAUCUACUCCACCCGCCUGGUGUUUGUCAGCGCUUGAUUUUCGGGAGAAAAGGGACGUUAGGUCGGCGCAGUAUGCUCCAAAUAAAAUAGAAUUUGGGUACUUUAUUAAAAGCUGUAGAACUGCUGUCAAAUAUACCGCUGCAAGCCAACGCUAGCGUGCUCUCUGCCACUCCGUCGUCUGCGCAACGGCGUCCACAUCCGCUGGAGGAGCUCGUGGGUCGCGGCUGUAGAGUUACACUACGGCUCGCACAAAUCUGGCCUCGCUCGAUUCGUAGCUUGAAAUUCGCUCUGAUUUAAAAUUAAAAAAAAAAUAAAUGUCUUUGCGAGAACAAAACCAUAGGGAAUGUGUUAGAGAAGAGGCCACGAAUGAGGUCUUUUAAAGAGAUUAAUGUGCUCGACUGGUGGACGAAACCCCUAAAUCUUGUGCCCCUUUUGGGCCCAAAACAUGAAAAAAUAAAUAAAUAAAUUGCCAAAUUGAAUUUUGUGUGAAGUAUACUGCAUGGCCGAGGACCUUAGAAGGAGAGAGAAGAAGAAGAAGAAUGUGGAGACGCUGAAGGUCAAUGGCUUUCUGUUCACGCGUCGUGCAUCCAGCCGACACGCAUACACUCUUAUCUCCAAUGAGACUGCUGGAACACGCUGAUAUUACCCAAUUCAUAAGUUUCAGUGUCAGAUAAGUUGAAGACUAAACAGGAAAACUCAAAGCCAGUGGUGGCUUAUUAUUUUGUUUUUGUCGAUUAUAUUUGCAUCGUGUUCUUCCAAAGGUAUUUCUUUUCAUUUGGUAUGAAAACAGCUGAUAAGUAUUUCCUUGUUUAAUCGCCUGCAGACCAAAAGUAUUACGACAUUUUUAGCAAUAAGAUUAAAGAUUUUCAUAACUGGCACGUCUGAGCAGCUGACUGGCUCGUAUCAUCCAUCGGUUUUAAGACUUGAAGUAGUUUACGCGAUGUAAAGGCGAGAGCGCUAAGCUAGCUUUUGCUCCUGUUACGAUAUAUGUGCAUCUGCAAGCGACUAUCAAUGGCUAGAAUAUAUAUAUAUAUGUGUGUGUGUGCGUGUGGAAAGAACAUGUAAGAGAUUGUGGAGAAAAGGAAAACAAGUAUAUUUAGAGUGCAUUUACAAUUUGCAUUUUUAAUUGUGUGUUUAUAUUCCUACCAAAUAUCAAAGCAUCUAAAUUCUCAGGACUAAAUUUGUGAUCGGGUCUAUUGGUUAUGUACUGCUGUAAAAAAAAUAAAUAAAUCAUAAAAUAAAAUAAAAAUAUGUCACGAAAAUUACGCCUCCCUCUCUUUAGAUGUCUUUAGUGUUAUAUUGUUUGACUUUUAGUUUUUUUUAUGUUCCACUGUUUCAAGUGUGCAAACCACAUCAGUGUUAUAGGAAAAUGUAACCCAGCGUUCCAAUUAAACCACAUGGUAAAUGUG